AAGAGCUUCCACCAGAUCGCGAAAUAUUUUUGUUGGUGGACGUGCGUUUCCUGAUUACCGAAGAAUUAAAUCGGAAUAUAUCGAGUUCGGGAUCUUGGCACGAACAAUAUAAAGAUUCACCAUACAUAUUUAUUGGAAAUAUCCCUUUCGACUUAACAGAGGGCGAUAUAAUUUCAGUCUUCUCUCAAUAUGGAGAGGUUUUCGAUAUUCAGCUAGUUCGCGAUAAAAAAACCGGUGUCUCAAAAGGAUUUGCGUUCUUGAAAUAUGAAGAUCAAAGGAGUACUAUCUUGGCUGUCGAUAAUUUAAAUAACAUUAAUGUAAUAGGAAAAUUUUUCUUCACGGUUGUUUGUGUCAUUGAUGAU